CUUCACGCUGGAUACAAUCUGUCCAUGGACGUAUCUGGCGAAGAAGAGGUUUGUUUGCACGUCCUCUUGCACUGGCACAGCAUCUCUGCAUGCGAUAUGCAAGCCCGCACGCAGCCCGGGACUCAUUCGUUCGUCGCCCAUCGGUCAGAUUCAGUAGCUGACUUGAAAUGAAAAUGUGCGCAGACUGGACGAAGGUCUGUACGCCCAGUGAUUGAUGAUGAUGCUGGCAAUCUGCACAUCGGUGGAACACAAUCUGCAUUCAAUCCAUUGUUGCUCCCUCUCUGCCUGGAUCCUCAGUCGGUCGUCUCUUCCUUUUUGUCCGCCUGACACUUUCGACAGCCCUUCGUCGUUUCCGCGAGACCGAUGACGCCAAAACCACCACCUUUGUGGUCAAGUUCUUCCCUUACCAACUAUACCCGGAGGCCUCGAAAGAGGGGGAAGACAAGGCUGAGUGGUACAAGAAGUCCAAAUAUGGCGACUCACAGGAGAAAAUGAACACGUACAUCAAGUUGAUGACGGCGUACGGUAAGACCGCAGGCAUCGACUACAAGUUUGGCGGCACUGUUGCCAACACGCUCGAUGCGCAUCGUGUCAUCCAACAUUUUCAGGAAGAGAAGGGUUCUGAAACAGCAGAUAAAAUCAUCAACUCGCUGUACUCGCAGUAUUUCGAGCAUGAGAAGCACCCUUCUUCGACAGAGACAUUGCUCAAGGCCACUGCAGAUGCUGGCAUUCCUGAAGAGGAAGCGCGGCCUAUUAUUGAAAAUAAGAACGAGGGACUGGCGGAUGUCAAGUCGCUGAUCCAAGAGCAGGCCAUGAACGGAGUAGACAGUGUGCCAACCAUCAUAUUCGAAGGUAAGAAGAGAGACUUCACUCUCGUUGGCGCCAGAGAUGUGGAAGAGUACGAAAAGACGUUGCAUCAGAUUGCAAAGGAGAGCAAUUGA